CCCACCCACAACUCGACUGUCAGGCCGUGUCUCCCGCAGUCCUCUCACUUUCGCACCUCCUUCAUCCUCUCCCAUUGACAACAUAAAGCACUUGUGCUUCGCUAUCUCUCCACUCCCCCCACCACGCACAACACAUCAUGGCUCAGUCCAGUGUUUCCGUCGCGCCCGAGUGCAUCAGCGCCUUCAACGAGCUCAAGCUCGGCAAGGACACCAAGUGGAUCAUCUACAAGAUCAGCGACGACUGGAAGGAGAUUGUUGUUGAGGAGACAUCCAAGGAGGCUGACUGGUCGGUCUUCCGCGAGAAGCUUCUGAACGCCAAGAGCAAGGACCGCAAGGGCAAGGAGGGCAUUGGCGGCCGUUACGCUGUCUUCGACGUCGAGUACGAGCUCGAGAACGGCGAGGGCACACGCUCCAAGAUCACCUUCAUCUCAUGGACUCCCGAUGAUGCGCCGCAAUACCCCCGCAUGAUGUACAGCUCCUCCAAGGAAGCCAUCAAGCGCGCCCUCAACGGACUCGCCGCCGACAUCCAGGCCAACGACGCCGACGACAUCGAGUUCGAUAACAUCAAGUCUCGCGUGUCCAGAGGCCGAUAAGCGAGUGGCUGCUGUUCUGUCGAUUUCGCGCACGCAAAAGCAAGCAUUAGGGUGAAUUGUGUUUUGGCAAUGACUAUGACGAAAUGAACCGAGUUUGCGUUUUGGUCCAGAUGAAAUGGCAUAGCGACUGCUGGUCCUAGGUGGCGUGGUGGACGAGUGCCGGUGUACCGUGCCGGCUCUAGUGUGCAGGCUUGAUGAGUCUGGAGCAACAGACUGGCGAGAUAUCACAGAUGAAUGAUCCUAUUAAUUCCA